AAUUGAAGCGGAAAAGCGCCGACGGACGGUGACGCAGUGGAUUGAUGCCGUUGUUCGGUUUAAUGAACAGAUUUCGAGAAUCGAUUCGCUAAUUCAUUUAGUCAUGACUCUGAUGUGUUCCAUUCGAAUUGCAUUCUCCUGAUCAUUUAUUUAUGUAAAUAUUUAAGUUUAGUUUCAAGUAAAUAAAUUGUUUUUAAUUUAUUGUUUUUAUCAGUAGUACACGUUUUAAAAUGAAGUGUAUGUAAUUGAAGCAAGUUUAAUUUGUUGAUAGAUGUAGGCCUAAUGAUGUGCUAGGAUCUGGUAGUACAGUUUAAGGACAGUUUAACAGUAGUUUUGAUUGUUCAAGCCAACAAAUGCCAACAGGGGUUUCACACUCCAACAAACACGUUAUUGAUGAUUUCCCAAUAUAAUGAUUAAAAAAAGUUUUACUUGGACCUCUCCCUUUCCCUUCCCUUCUUGUAACAUCAGAAGAGCAGGAAACUAGACUAGAGAGAUUUACAGAGGCAGUGCUAAACAAUGGUUGUUGAUUCUGACAGUGCUGCAGUGACGAACUAGUGAGAAAAAGAUUGGUCUUAUUCCUAAAGGACUGUUCUUAACAAUAUUGGUAUCUCUGGUCACCAGGAACAUUUACUGCAAAUCUAACAAGAACUAAACACUUCGUUUUAUAUUUUGUGCAGUCCAAGGAAGGAAGAAGAGUCAAGGUUCAUAUUCGGCAUAUAUAUUACAGGCAGCACAUGUUUCUGAUCUCCAGACACUAUUAUUUUAUAUCUCCACCCUAUUGGACCUCCGCUUGUUCCUCAUCAGGCAAACUGAGAGAACCCAGAUGAGCAGUGGUCUACUCCCCUCUGUUUUUCACAUGGUCCUGGAGUGACAAUUAAGAGAACAUCUGUUUGCUCUACAGAACAGUGAGUGAAUCCAGUUACAUGACAUUCUGACUGUUGAAUGUAAUCUGUAUAAAGCAUGCCAAUCAAUUGCAAUGCCAUAAAUCAUAUGAAUAAUAAUGGAUAUAAAAUAACGGGCUAUAAGCAUUUUUUGUUUGGUAUGUGUACAAAAUGUGACAAAAAUGCAUAUGAAUUGUCUUAAAAUGGUUCCAGGAAUUUGGCUCGUUUGAAUUCAGCUGCACUUGAUGUGUUGUCUUGCUCAACUACAGGGUUUUCCUUCCUCCUGAUAUAGUGAGACAGCUGCAACUUAUUUGCAAAGACUCAAAUAAUGACAACGAUAAAAAUCAGUGUUAUUGACAAGCAGAUCUAAUUCUUCCUGGAGAUUAAAUAGAGUUAACACAGAAUAAUCAACAAAUUUGAACUCUCCACAGACCCCAGUUUUAGCCCAAUGGCCGGUAAGGACAUUAAAAAGAGUGGUAAAUGUCAAAAGGAGGUUCACACUGUGACUGAAGCUUUGAAGAAUCUAUACCGGCAGAAGUUGCUUCCAUUGGAGAAGUACUAUGGAUUCUCUGACUUCCACUCAACAAGCCUUGAAGAUGCUGACUUUAGCAACAAGCCCAUGAUCCUGGUGCUGGGUCAGUGUUCAACAGGCAAGACCACUUUUAUCAGAUAUCUUUUGGAACAAGACUAUCCAGGAAGCCGAAUAGGCCCGGAACCUACGACAGACAGUUUUACAGCUAUAAUGCAUGGAGAGAUUGAGGGAAUCAUUAAUGGCAAUGCUUUAACCGUAGACCCUACUAAGCCCUUCCGCAAACUCAGCCCGUUUGGAACCGCCUUCCUCAAUCGAUUCCAGUGUGCACAUUUGCCCAACCGAGUUCUAGAGAGUUUCAGCAUUAUCGACACACCAGGGAUUCUGUCUGUGGCCCAACGCAAAAUGAGUAGAGGAUACGACUUUCCAGCUGUUAUUCGCUGGUUUGCUGAGCACGUAGAUCGCAUCAUCCUUUUGUGUGACGCACAUAAACUGGAGAUCUCGGAUGAGUUCUCGUGCACUGUGAUGGCUUUGCGCGGCAACGAGGACAAGCUCCGAGUGGUGCUCAACAAGGCCGACAUGGUGGAUUCCCAAGAGCUCAUGCGAGUGUACGGCGCCCUCAUGUGGUCACUCGGGAAAGUGUUUUGCACUCCGGAGGUUCUUAGGGUUUACAUUGGGUCUUUCUGGUCCUCUCCAAUGCGCGUGACAGACAACCGAAGGCUAUUCGAGAGAGAGGAGGAGGAUGUUUUUGGAGAUAUUCAGAACCUUCCACGGAAUUCUGCUUUGAGAAAACUCAAUGAUCUGGUCAAACGAGCACGGCUUGUGAGGGCACACGCUUACAUCAUUAGCUCUCUAAAAGAAGAGAUGCCUUUGGUUUUCUGCAAAGAGAAGAAGAAGAGAGAUCUUAUAUAUGACCUUCCCAUCAUCUUUUCAAGAGUCAAACAAAGGCACCAGAUUUCUGCUGGAGAUUUUCCAGACUGCGCAAAGAUGCAGGAGCGACUCAUGAGUCACGACUUCACCAAGUUUAAAGCCCUCAAACCUAAACUCUUAGCUGGUUUGGAUGAGCUCCUAAACACCGACAUUGCCAAGCUUAUGCCUCUUCUACGCCAAGAGGAACAGGACGCCGCUAACCAACUCGUGGUUCAAGGGGGACCUUUUCUACAUGGUACCAACAGGGGCCCUUUUAUAGUAGGGAACCCUUUUGAUCACUGUGGACCCGACAGAGAAAGUCAUCAUGUCUCAGAUGAUGAAGAAUGGGUGGUGUCAAGUGAUAAAUCCAAGUAUGAUGAGAUCUUUUACAACUUAUCGCCCCAUGAGGGCAAGCUGAGUGGGACCAAAGUAAAGGACUGGAUGAUGAGCACCCGCCUGCCCAGUUCAGUCCUGGCACGAAUCUGGAAGCUGUCAGAUGUGGACUGUGAUGGUAUGUUGGAUGAUGAAGAGUUUGCUUUGGCCAGCCAUCUCAUUGAGGUGAAGUUGGAGGGUUUUGGGCUUCCCCGUGAGCUACCUGCACAUCUGGUGCCACCUUCUAAAAGACAAUGCAAAAGCUUGAGCCCAGAUAAAGGAGACAAUGAAUAGUGUUUUAAUGUUUAUUGCGGCAUUUUAAUGCUUAUUAUGACAGAAUUAUACUAAACUGAAAAUUAUUAGUCUAAAGACUCUUUAGACUGUAAGAUAUCUAAUUUCUCUGUACGAAUAGUAUCUCAAAAGACAUGUUGUUUUGCUGGUUUGUAUUACCCAAGGGCUGGGCACAGUUUGUUUUGUGGUGUGUGUUGUACAGUAGAUAUCCCAUUGAGACUGUUGCUAUGAAACACAUAAUGCAAACAUAAAACACUUCAGUGUUUGAUAUCUUUUCUGUUCUUAUAUUAUAUGUUUAUAAUAUGUAACAGUCAACUUGGUUUUACUGUUUUUUAAUAAAUAAUUUGUUUUAAGACUAAUUUGUCUUAUAGUUUGAGCGCAGUGUGCAACAUUUUAAAACAAAUAUGGCAUAACCAUUUUCCUGGAAAGAUGUGUAACUCCAUCAGAUGACAAAACAAUAAAAUGACACAUUUUAUGCAAUACAUUCUUUUUUCACCUUCAGGUAUACCUCUUAUCAGAGUAAAUAAAUAUUCAAAUCUUAGUUUGAUGACAAUCACAUACAAUGCAAAAAGUACAAACCAGAUAAAACCUUUAUGUACAAUUCAGAAUAUGUAAAAUAAAGAAUAAUACCAACAAAAAAUACAUAAAA